AUGGACGGCUUGACUCCUAGCAAAGGUGACUGGCUCUAUACAGGGAUUGGAAUCGGACCAUUGAUUCCAUCUGCUUUCUUGGACGGCAAGGAUCCUUCUGACACGUCAUUCGGUGGUAAUCUUUUCCAGAAAUCAAUGGACUCUUCGUGCAUCGAGUGGCUGAACUCGAAACCCGAAGGGUCCGUGAUUUACGUGUCGUUCGGAAGCGUUUCCGCUUUGUCAAAGGAUCAAAUAGAGGAAAUUGCCAAGGGGCUGUUGGAUUACGGGCGCCCGUUCUUGUGGGUGAUUAGAGAAAAAGAAGAAAGAAAUGGACAAUACAACGAGGCCGAGAAAGAAGAGGAGAAAUUGAGCUGUAGAGAGGAACUUGAAGAGCUUGGGAAGAUGGUGCUAUGGUGUAGUCAAUUAGAGGUUUUGUCCAACCCUUCACUGGGUUGUUUUGUGACACAUUGUGGGUGGAAUUCAAGCAUGGAGAGCUUGGUUUCCGGGGUGCCUGUCGUGGCGUUUCCUCUGUGGACGGAUCAAAGGACCAAUGCCAAGUUGAUUGAGGACACGUGGAAGACUUGGGUGAGGGUGGCACCAGAUGAGGAGGGGAUUGUGGUGGGCGAGGAGCUCAAGAGGUGCUUGGAAUUGGUCAUGGGAAGUGGAGAGAUUGGCGAAGAGUUGAGAAGAAAUGCUAAGAAAUGGAAGGGUUUGGCAAGAGAGGCUGUGAGUGAAGGUGGGUCUUCUGAUAAGAAUCUCAUGGCUUUCUUGGAUCAAAUAGGAAAUUAAAUGUACUUUCUUUUAACAACUGAAAAAUAUGUAA